AUGGCGUGGAGCGAAAUGGGUCAGGACCGAAUUCGCGAAGCGUUGCGGCAAACCAUCGGUGUUACCAUGGGUCUUUCGCAGCUCCUUACACUGGCACCGUACCCACUGUCGAUCCUGCAAGACGACUGCUCCACGACCAGUGUCCGCGCGAGGGCGACGCUUUUCGUCCGGACCCUGUUCUCCUUCUCAGUGAUUGUCGCCGAAGUGGUGUCCCUGUUCGUGGUCUUCUUCUACUACCCGCACCUGCUGUACCCGGAGUCGGUUCCGAUUUUCAUUAAAAUUCUUUACUACAUCGUCAACGCCGUACAGAUAGCGCUUGUGGGGAAUCUUUUGAUGGCUUGCGAGCGUCGCCGGGAUCGGUACGAGCACACGUUCGCCCAGAUGAGUUCGCUGCUCGAGCAGAUCGCCAACACUGAGGACUGUUCGGGAACGAUAUGGCACAAGAAAACGAUCAAGGUCGUACUGGCACUGUACAUUUCCAUUGCGCUGCUGAUCCCUGUUGGAAUGGUGACUGCUAUGGGGAAUAUUGGUGCUCUGCCGUUUACUGUUGCAUACCUGGUUCCGUACACCGCCAGCUUUAUGAUCCUGAUUCAAUACUAUGAGUGUAAUGUGUACUUAUGGGCAAUCCUGCACAAGCUGGACGAAGAACUAGUUGCACUUGGACGAGGCGAAGAGGACGUCGAGCAGUUGACUGGCAAAUUCGUACCGAAUCGGUCGGUAAAAAUAUACUAUGUCGCAGCAUACCCUCACUUUGGCAUCAUUGAAAGAUUGCGACAACUCCACAUCAACACAAUGGAAAUUGUGGCAGAUUUGAACUGCAACUUUGGAUUCGUAAUCAUUCUGAUCGUUGUGGCCGUGUUUGCGAGCGUUAAUAUCGAGCUGCUGGAAGUGUACCAGUGCAUCAAGGACGGAACACUCUCAGAAGGGCACAUCGCGCUGAAGUUUUUGUACACUGGCGCUAGAUUCUCGUUUUACAUUCUGAUCGCCUAUCCCAAUCGUUUGAUUCAAACCCAGAACGAGCGGACCAUUUUCCAUUUGUUCAAAAUACGCAGAGCAUCCUGUAGCGAGGAAACGAAUGCAACGGUAAGGUACUUGCACGAUUUUCAGAUAGAGCACUACAUUGGGCAAAUUUCCAAUCUUCGCGAAAUUCACCAAGCAUGUGGAAUGAUUAAUCUCGACAUGAAGUUGCUAUCGAACAAACGCUCCGAACUGUAA